GCAGCCAGUGGGGUCCUGCUUGUGUAAAUGUCACUGAGUGUAGCGGUUACUCAACUCAUGGGGUUCAGGUCGGAUUGAGUGUAAUGAAAAGUUGUCUAUCAGAGUGAUUUUAAGGUGAAGUAGCUGGAGGAUGGCUCUCAUGGCAGGGCUUCUCUCCGCGGCUGCUGUCUCUCUGCGCUCCGGAUCGAGAGCUUUAAUGCGAUUCAACACACGAGCUACUGCCCAUCAGCAGUUAUUAGCCCUCAAACACUUGAAACCAUCUGCAUCCAUAGGGAAUAUCUACUCAUACCCACGUUUACUGUAUUCCACUGACCCACCUAAAGAUGGAAAAGCAAGUGGACAAGAGUCUGGUGGAGGGAAAUGGAGGAAAGGAGGUAAAAAAGACUGGAAGAGCCGAUUACUCCAGGGAGAUGUGCCAUGGGACGAUAAGGAUUUUCGGUAUAUUUUGAUCACAGCAGGAGGUGUUGCAUCUGUUUUGCUCUACCUGUACCUCAGAGAUCCAGGGAGAGAGAUCACAUGGAAGGAUUUUGUCCAUCGGUACCUGGGAAGAGGCCUGGUCGAACGUUUAGAGGUGGUGAACAAACAGUUUGUCAGGGUCAUAUUGGUACCCGAGGCUGAUACCACAGAAAGCUAUGUGUGGUUUAACAUUGGCAGUGUGGACUCAUUCGAGCGCAAUCUGGAAGCUGCUCAUUAUGAACUGGGUCUGGAGCCGUCCCAUCGAGCAUCUGUGGUUUAUACCUCGGAGAGUGAUGGGUCUAUUCUCAUGAGUUUCAUUCCCACCCUGCUGUUGAUUGGCUUCUUACUUUUCACUCUACGGCGUGGGCCAAUGGGAGGAGGAAUGGGCGGUGGAAAAGGCGGACCAUUCAGCAUGAGCGAGUCCACCGCCAAGAUGAUGAACGACAACAUUGAGGUGAAGUUUAAGGACGUUGCUGGAUGUGAAGAGGCCAAGGUGGAGAUCAUGGAGUUCGUAAAUUUCCUCAAGAACCCGCAACAGUACCAGGACCUGGGUGCUAAGAUUCCUAAGGGUGCCGUGCUUUCAGGUCCGCCGGGCACAGGUAAAACACUUCUCGCUAAAGCCACUGCUGGGGAAGCCAAUGUGCCUUUCAUUACAGUCAACGGCUCAGAGUUUCUUGAGAUGUUUGUUGGAGUUGGACCGGCCCGAGUGAGAGACAUGUUCUCUAUGGCGAGAAAGAACGCUCCCUGCAUCCUCUUCAUCGAUGAGAUUGACGCCGUGGGGAGGAAAAGGGGUGGGGGGAAUUUCGGUGGCCAGAGCGAACAGGAAAACACCCUAAAUCAGCUGCUGGUCGAGAUGGACGGUUUUAAUACUAGCACAAACGUUGUAGUUCUGGCUGGUACAAACAGACCAGACGUCCUGGAUCCGGCAUUGAUGCGUCCGGGAAGAUUUGACAGGCAGAUUUACAUUGGACCACCUGAUAUUAAGGGUCGAGCGUCCAUCUUCAAAGUGCACCUUCGGCCUCUCAAACUGGAUCCCAGUCUGGAUAGUAAUGCUAUCGCGAGGAAGAUGGCAGCUGCCACACCUGGCUUCACUGGUGCUGAUAUUGCUAAUGUGUGUAAUGAAGCUGCCCUUAUUGCUGCCAGACAUCUGAAUGAAUAUAUCGAUGUUAAACACUUUGAGCAGGCCAUUGACAGAGUCAUUGGAGGUCUGGAGAAGAAGACGCAGGUCUUACAGCCCACUGAGAAGAAGACAGUAGCCUAUCACGAGGCAGGACAUGCAGUAGUGGGCUGGUUUCUCCAACAUGCUGACCCACUCCUCAAGGUUUCAAUAAUUCCCAGAGGGAAAGGUCUGGGCUAUGCACAAUACCUUCCGAAAGAGCAGUACUUAUAUACACGAGAGCAGCUGUUCGACAGGAUGUGUAUGAUGCUGGGUGGACGCGUGGCCGAGAAGGUGUUUUUCAGCAGAAUCACCACUGGUGCGCAUGAUGACCUAAAGAAGGUCACGCAGUCAGCAUACGCUCAGAUUGUGCAGUUUGGCAUGAGCGAGAAGGUUGGGCAGGUUUCAUUUGAUCUGCCCAGACAGGGUGAGAUGGUUCUGGAGAAGCCCUAUAGUGAAGCCACAGCAGAGCUUAUUGAUCAGGAGGUCAGAGAGCUGGUUGACAAGGCCUUCAGCAGGACUCUGGAGCUUAUCACUGAGAAACGAGAGCAGGUGGAGAUGGUUGGACGGCGUCUGCUAGAAAAAGAAGUUCUAGACAAAGCUGAUAUGGUCGAGUUGCUGGGGCCCAGGCCAUUUGAGGAGAAGUCCACAUAUGAGGAAUUUGUAGAGGGCACGGGCAGCUUUGAAGAAGACACAAGCCUUCCAGAAGGCUUGAAGGACUGGAACCAAGACAGAAGAGAAAAUCAGGAGGAGACACCGGCCUCACAGGAAAAGCAGGCUGCUUGAAAUGAACAUUUGAAAAUACUUUCCACCUGACUGGGUCACUCACUUGCCUUACUGCGGUCAAUCUGUGAGACAGGAGCGUCAGUUAUCUUGGCUUCAUAUACAAAGAAUGUGAUUUUUCUUGGAAUUUCCAUUUGGCAUCCAGUGUUAACCAAAAGCAGGGAUCGACUUCUGAGGUUCAGAUGCCUUAAUUUGUUGAUAUACACCAUGACGAUUUCAAUACCCAGGCCAGCACUAAUGUCUGUACGUUAACUCGGACUUUGGGACAGAUUAAGAACCUAAAAUUAUGUUUCGUUAUUUCAAUCCUUCGGUGUCUGCCAUUGCAUCAUAGACUAAAUUUAAUCUUUUUAUCUGCUUUUAUCUUCCUCUUUAUAUAGAAAUGGAAGAAAAAUCUGUAUAUUUGUACAAUUGUGUGUGUGUUCUGGUUAAAAAAUGUUUUGAAUUUGUACUUAUUUAAUUAAAUGAAAGAGGUCAUCUCAGUUUUCCCUGAACUGUAUCCCUGUACAUUAAACACAGCUAUUACCUCAUAAGUAAGGUAAGGAACAUUAAAUAUUGAUUUGAAAGA